GUGCCUGGGAGUGGGGGUAGUCCAGCAACAAAAAAGAAGUGUGGUCGGGUAUGGUUUAGGGAUGUCAAAGAAGAACACUUUGCUGAAUGUGUGAAAGAUCUUCCCAAAGUGCCAAGGCGCCUACCUAGAGAGACGCUGGCAUUUGAGAGAUAUUAGUGUGGUGCCCAAUGCCAUAUGGCAGAGAUGGGUAUAGGAUGGAUGCCUGAGGGAGUGAUCCGAGCUGGCAGCCGCAAGGGAGGUGGGAUACUAGAAUCCUGCAGGUGGGAUGCUGAGGUGGGGGAGGUGGAUGGAGCAGAACCCUUCCAAGUCUGGUCUGGACCCAGUGAACAUUUGCGGGGGCGGUUGGGUGGGGGUUGGGACUCAGUGUGUGGACCGGGGAGGAGGAGAAGGCUCUCCCUUAAGGCAGGAUGUCUGGAUCCAGACACCAGACCCUUCUAUUAGCCCCCGUCUUAGUAGCUUUUCUCACCCAUACUCAUUUCCUUUGUUCGGAAGGCAGGAGGAGGGAGAGCAGGAAAGGCUAGGGGAGAGUGGAAAAGGCGGGGGGGGAGGGGAGGGAGGGAAGAGAGUCAGAGUCAAGAGGGAGGGGCCCACCAGUUUGCAGGUUGGAACUGUCACAUUGUGCCCUCCUUUCGGGCGGGUUCCGAGGUGUGUCGGAGCUCUGCCAGAGUCCCAAACCGCGCACCCCCAGGGCACUAGCAGGCUCGCACUGUGCCCUCCGGGGGUGCCCUUGUGCCCUCGGAGGGGGGCGGUAUUAAGUGGGGGCAGAGGAUUCUGAGCUGGGGGCUUAGCUGAGGCUGGGAAACUCAGGUGCAGGGCAGGAUUCGUUGUCCAGCUGGUGCCUGCUUGGGUCACCUUGGCUUCCAGGGCUGCUACCGCACCAUGUGAUUGCUUGAAAGGCUGAGCGCUGGCGCUGCAGUGGAGGAGUUCGGAGGAGGAUGAGCUGCGGCUCGCAGCCGCCCCGUGCCCACAGCCCAGCCCAGCUUGGGGCUGCCCCUGAGCCCUGGCCCGGACCCGUGGUCCAGGCCCCCCGGGGAACCACCUCUGGGACCACCUGCUGGCCAGCUGGCAGGAUGGUGCCUGUCAUGUGCCCUCCAGUGCCUGCUGGCUGAUGUUCCUGCCCUGUUCCCGCCAUGCCACACUCCAUAUCGGCCUUCCAGGCCGCUUACAUUGGCAUCGAGGUGCUCAUCGCCCUGGUGUCAGUGCCUGGGAACGUGUUGGUGAUCUGGGCAGUGAAGGUGAACCAGGCUCUUCGAGAUGCCACUUUCUGCUUCAUUGUGUCGCUGGCUGUGGCCGAUGUGGCCGUGGGUGCCCUGGUCAUCCCUCUCGCCAUCCUUAUCAACAUUGGUCCCCAGACCCACUUCUACACUUGCCUCAUGGUGGCUUGUCCUGUCCUCAUCCUCACCCAGAGCUCCAUCCUGGCCUUGCUUGCUAUUGCUGUGGAUCGCUACCUCCGAGUCAAGAUUCCGCUCAGGUAUAAGAUGGUGGUGACACCAAGGAGGGCUUCAGUGGCCAUUGCAGGGUGCUGGCUGCUCUCCUUCCUCGUAGGCUUGACACCCAUGUUUGGCUGGAAUAACCUGAAUAAAUUGAAACAGGAGGCCAACAGCAGUCUUGGUGAUUUGGUGAUUAAAUGUGAAUUCGAGAAGGUCAUCAGCAUGGAAUACAUGGUAUACUUCAACUUCUUUGUCUGGGUCCUUCCCCCUCUGUUGCUCAUGGUCCUCAUCUACCUGGAGGUGUUCUACCUGAUCCGAAAGCAGCUCAACAAGAAGGUAUCAGGCUCUUCGGGGGAUCCCCAGAAGUACUAUGGGAAGGAACUGAAGAUUGCCAAGUCUCUAGCCCUCAUCCUUUUCCUCUUUGCCCUCAGCUGGCUGCCCCUACACACACUCAACUGUAUCACUCUCUUCUGCCCAGACUGCCAAAAACCCAGCAUCCUCACCUACAUCGCCAUCUUCCUCACUCACGGCAACUCAGCCAUGAACCCCAUUGUCUACGCCUUUCGCAUUCAGAAAUUUCGGACCACCUUCCUGCAAAUCUGGAACCAGCAUUUCCGAUGCCGGGCAGUGCCCCCAUCUGAUGAUGAGGAUCCUCCCGAGGAGAGACUGGAUAAUUAGACCCUGUACCUUCCAGUACCCAACUUUCCUGUUCCUGUCCAUUUCCCUCUCCAUUGGGGUACCAUGGUCUCUUUCUCCUCUACUCCCCUCUGCAAAUCCCAAUCCUAGCCUGUCCAUAGUUUCCCUGGCAAUGCCAUGGGGAAUAAGCAGAGGGAGGGCCCUGAAGUGAAAUCUAGCACUUUAGACCAUCUUCCUGUCAUCCCCACCAGGUUGACCAUAAGAUCUGGGUGGCCAUGGGGUUAAUUGUCUUUCUUUUUACAUGUCCUUGGCAGAAAGAACAGGGGAUGCCUGGGGAAGUGAAUGGUUUUUGGGUUUAUAAUGGAGAAGGAUGGGGGCAGAAUAAGAUUCCUUGCUCUUCCUCUCAAUACCAGUGCCCCAUGUUUAAUGUUCUGAGGCAUAUUGGGAGCCCAGAGAGAUUAAACAGCAGAAGCUCAAAUGGGGAGAUGGUGCCUAGGGUCCCUCAGAUUCUCAUGGUGUGGCUUGGAGGAGAAUAGACAGACUCAGAUUGGGGGUGGGGUAGUUGUCAAGAAGGAGGGAGGCCUCCCCUUCCUCCCUUCCCGGAACUAGAAGAAAAAUAGGCCUGAAGGUAUUUAGGGAGAAGCAACUGAGACCUAAUACCUUGACAUCCUGGUCUGACAUCCUUGGUACUAAGCAGUACCAACCAGAGCCCUGAUCUAAGCAUGUUACAUUUUAGGCAGUGCCAGGCACCUACUCUAGUUGCUCCAAUAGCUGGGGAUGAUGUAGGAAUUGAGUCCUAAAACAACCCAUUCCUUGCUAACUUCCAGGAUACUGCCAAGAGCUAGGACUUGGGUGGGUUCUAGGAGAUGUCUUAUGGACCAUGGGGGCAUAGGGCAGAGAUGAUGCCCUUGGAUAUAUUGCUGGGAUCCUCCACCAGGAGGUAGUGUUGGCUUCCCCCAUCUUAUCCCAAGCUUCCCUAUGCUGUCUACGAGAAACCAGAGACCCCAGAGAAGAGCUAGGAUACACUGACACAUUGGGGAUGAGACCAUGCCAGAACCAUCUGGGACUCACCCAACUCAGUAAAGAAAUAGUUUCUUUCAGAAGGACUGGAACUCUGAUGCUAGAGCUGAAGCUCACAGGAAGGGCAAGCAGGGCACAGAUGCCAAGGCAUCCUUAUACUCUCCUGGGAGCUAGAUGAGGUGGGGAAUAAUUAUAUCAAUAAAUUGAGCCCAUCUGCCAGCAUGAGGGGGAGGUGGAUGGACCUAGUGCUAACGCACUUGGGGAGUUGCCUUGGGUACCCUUAUAAGCUGAGUAAGAAGAGUUCAGCACCAUUUAAAUUGGAAGGGAAACACCUUUAAAAGAAGUCACUAGGGAAUUUUUUAGUGAGCCUAAUUGAUCCACUUUGGUUUUGUUCCAGGCCCCCAAAGGCAUGCUGGGAAAGAUCAGUGCCAAGGUAGGACCCUGCUCCUUAUUAGAGGGGAAGACAGGCUGACUGAGUUUGAAUCUUGUCUCUAGAUCAGAUUUCCAUCAAUCUGCUUCAGCUUUCCUUAAUGUGGAAUGGGGAGUAGGGAAGAACGUCACCCCAUUGGCUCCCAGAAUGGGGAAGGACUGACCAAUAAAGGAUUAUGAAACCAA